CUCUUGCUUCAAGCCUUCCUUGAACAGCCCCCAGUUUGCUACCUACUGCACACACACAGCAUGCGGAUCCCUCCUGUAGUGUUAUCUUAGUCCCCCAAGUCCCCUUCAUCUUUAGAGAAUCUUUCUGUUCUUCAGGUUCAUAUGGUCGCCCCUCCUCCCUGGCAUCCACGGCUGCUUCCUGCUGGUCUUUGCGAUGGCGUCCCAUAAGUGGGCUCAGAGCAUAGGGCCCAUGGUACAUGCUUUCUUCAUGAAACCUGCUCCGGGUUUCUUUCAGCCAACUCUGACCCAGCCUGACGCGUUCUCAGUCUUCCCAGGCCAAGACGCUCAUCUCAGCUGCACCAUCAAUUCCCAGCAUGCCACCGCUGGAGAUAUUGGGGUGUCGUGGUACCAGCAGCAGCCAGGAAGUGCUCCCCAUCUUCUCUACUAUUACGCAGAAGAGGAACACUAUCGGCCCGCUGACAUCCCCGACAGAUUCUCAGCUACCGUGGAUGCAGCCCACAACGCCUGUAUCCUCACCAUCAGCCCCGUGCUCCCGGAGGAUGAUGCCGAUUACUUCUGUUCCAUCGCCCACACCUUUGAACCCUAGGGCUGGGUUGAACAUCUUCUGUCUCCUAGGUCUGCCCCCUGACCUUGGGCCUCCUCUUUUUCUCUUAAGUCUUGCUUUCUUUCCUUCCUCUGUGAAAUGAGUUAAUAACACUCGACGGGUCAACCACUGUCCUGAGAACUGUGAGAUCCUGUGUAAACAAAUAAAUAAAAUAAAUGUCAAAUUGGA